UCUGUUUCUUUCAAAAUCCCUGUUCUUCUUCCACUCCCUGUUCGUGGCUUUAGGUUUUGGCGAUGGCGGACAUCCGCGCCAGCAAUCUCACUGUUCAUGCAGCGCUCCUGUUGACGCAGUUCCUCACGGCCUUCAUGACGCUCGCGACGCAGGCGGUGCUCAAGGAAGGCGUGAAUCGCCUCGUUCUCGGGUGCUACUGCCUCUUUCUCGCAGGAGCGGUGCUCGCGGUUGCUGCAUUCGUGUUUGAGAGGGGGCGGGAUCUUCGAAUUACGUUUGGAUUGAUUCUCCAGCUGCUCGUCUUUGGUUUCUUUGUGUUUAUCAUACAAAUUCUGGGAUUAGUGGGGCUCUCCAAGACUUCGGCCAGCUUUGUCUCGGCAAUGCAUCCACUGUCAACCGUUUUUACUGCCGCGUUCGCGAUGCUCUUUGGGGUAGAGAAAGUGAAACUUCUCUCAGUGUACGGGCAAGCGAAGAUCGCCGGCAUUCUCGUUUGCGCUGGCGGUGCAAUCUUGAUGAUCCUCUACAAAGGCCCGUGCGUUCUCGGCUUGCAGUGCUCGUCACCGUCCUCGACAACGCCGAUCAAAUCCGUAAGGACUGGGGUCGAGUUCCAGGUCGGUGCCUUUUGCAUCGUUCUAAGCUCUAUGGCCGCUGGAGCAAUGGGAACUUUUGCGGCAAAGCUGCUUGAGAAGCGCCCCACACCAGUCACAAUCCUGGCAAUCACUUUCUUGAUAGGAUCACUCGUCAGUGGGACGGCUGGGUUCUUCACAAUCGACAGUUCCGCGUGGAGAUUAACCGGGAGUUUAGUCCCCGUCGUUAUGCUCAUCUCCGUUCUUUCCUUGUCCAUAUUUCCAGUUUUGAUGCUUUGGAGCGUGAUGCGGCUCGGCCCCACGAUCGUCGGCUGCUACACGCCUGUAAAUACACUCAUCACGUCGCUUUUCUCGAGCAUUUUCCUGGGCAGCAUCAUCGGGGCACUUUUCAUUUUGAUCGGACUUUUGCUCGUUAGCUGGGCCCACGAGGAGUGCUCCAAAUCAACCGCCGAACAAGAAGCACCAUGCUCGGCGGAGCCCCUCAUCGAGAAGAUCGAAGCUAUAAAUCUCGCCUAGCUCAACAGGAAAGUUGUAAAUACUACUACCACUACAGGCUACUCUCAUAUCAUGGGUGAGUAUCAUUCGCUUCAACUUAGUCAGCACGGAUUUCUCUGAUCCGAAAGAUGGUGUUUGACAUGAUUGAGAUCUAAUCACUUUGGCACCCAAUGAAGAUAGAAAAGAAAUUCAAGUAA